UUAACAUAUCCUGAGAUUCAUAACUUGUCAUAUCAAGAACAAUGCCUUCAUUCUUCAAGAUUUCCCUCUUCUUUUUUUUCUUCUUUGUUAUAAUAAGUACAUCAUCAUCAUCACCCCUUGAUUACAAUCAUCCAUUGCAAUCUCUCACUCUAUCUGAACUGACACAAGUAAAAACUAUAGUCAAAAAGUCCUAUUUUUCCUAUGUAACCUUUCAUUAUGUUGGCCUAAAUGGACCAGAGAAACAAGUAGUCCUUUCAUGGCUCUCAUCCAAUCAUCAUCCCGCGAAGCCUCCACCUCGCCAAGCUAUAUUUAUAGCUCGAAUUAAUCAAAAAACACACGAAAUCAUUGUAGACUUAUCGAGUGUUUCAAUUUUAUCAAAUAAAAUUUACGAUGGACCUGGCUACCCCAUGCUUACUUUAGAAGAGCGGAAUGCUGCCACUGAGUUACCAUUGUCAUAUCCACCAUUUAUAUCGUCCAAAAAAGGGCUAAAGCUAAAUGAAGUGAUGUGUUCAGAUUACGCUGUUGGGUGGUAUGGAGAGAAAAGAAAGAGUAGUAACAGAAUACUUAAAGUUGUGUGUUAUUACUUAGAUGGCACAGUUAAUCCUUAUAUGAGACCUAUCGAGGGAGUUUCAAUGACUGUUGUUCUUGAUCAAAUGAAAAUCGCGAGCUACCUUGAUCGAUUGAUGGUUACAGGGCAAGAUGGUACUCCGGUAAAAAUGACUAAUGUAAUUUGUAUAUUCGAACGUUCGGCUGGAGAUAUCAUGUGGCGCCAUACAGAGCUUGCAAUUCAUGGAAAAGUGAUAAGAAAGGUUAGACGAGAGGUGAGCCUCGUGGUGAGAAUGGUGUCGACUGUAGGGAAUUAUGAUUAUAUUACUGACUAUGAAUUCAAGCAAAGUGGCAGCAUCAAAGUCACGGUCGGAUUAACUGGUAUACUUGAGGUAAAGGGAUCGAUAUAUACUCAUAGCGACCAAAUAAAAGAAGAAGCCUAUGGUACACUCGCAGCAGAAAACUCUUUAGGUAUAUAUCAUGAUCAUUUCCUUACCUUUCACCUAGAUUUAGACGUGGACGGCCAUGAAAAUUCCUUUGUCAAAAAUAACUUAAAAACUAGACACUUGGUCAAUAGAAGUUCACCAAGAAAGAGUUAUUGGACAGUUGUUAGUGAAACAGCUAAAAAAGAGUCCGAUGCAAAGAUUCAGCUAGGUUCAUCAAGAGCCUUUGAAAUGGUAGUGGUGAACCCCAACAAGAAGACUAAGCUUGGGAACAAAAUAGGCUAUAGUCUGAUCCCGGGAUCUGCAACAAGUCCCUUGUUAAGCGAUGACGAUUACCCACAAAUCCGCGCUGGUUUUACCAAGUACAAUGUGUGGGUGACACCUUAUAACAAGUCUGAGAAAUGGGCAGGAGGAUUAUAUGUUGGUCAAGGACACGGGGAUGAUACAUUAGCCACUUGGAGCCUCAGGGACAGGGAAAUAGAGAACAAGGACAUUGUAUUAUGGUACACAUUUGGUGUUCAUCAUGUACCAAAGCAGGAAGAUUUUCCAAUUAUGCCAACAUUAAGCAGUACUGCUUUUGAACUCGGGCCUACUAAUUUCUUUCAGCAGAAUCCUGUUCUUUAAUAAGUCUUCAUAAAGUUAAGCUAAGUGGUCUAAUUUGUAUCAUGCAUGAAUAAAAAUGUCAUCAUGUAUGACCAAAAAAUUCUACUAUUAUUGUUAUUAAAUAAAGUCUACUCUUGGCCAUGCUUA